AUGGAGAAAAUCAUCUACGGCUUAUACCCUGAUCUCUUCGACAGCUAUAUCCACUUGCCUCCUCACCAUCUGAGGGAAGACGGACAUGUCAUCCCAGCGGUUCUUCCAGUACGACAUGCUAUCGUGUCGGUAAGAAAUCAUACGGCACGCGGUCCCGACAGAAUAAGACCAGAACACCUGAAGAAGAUUCCGUCAGUAAUCAUCAAUACCCUGGCGAUGCUCUUUACAGGUUAUCUGUCGGAAUGUAAGGUUCCUAAACAGUUAAAGACCAGCAAGACCAUGUUGUACCGUGUUGUUGUAUAA